AUGUCUCUUACACCACAGGCGCUCCGCCUGCUCUCGCGCGAGGUCGUCACCCUCCGCACCGAACCGCCCGAGGGCGUCCGCAUCGUCGUUGACGAGGACGAUCUUACCGCACUCGAGGGAUGGGUGCAAGGUCCAUCCGGCACACCGUAUGAGGGUGGCUACUUCCGUGUCCACUUCCACUUUGGUCCAGACUACCCUUCGCAGCCCCCCAAGUGUACCAUGGUCACCAAGAUUUUCCACCCCAACAUCUCCAAAGCUGGCGAGAUCUGCGUGGACACGCUCAAGAAGGGAUGGAAGAGAGAGUAUGGUGUUGGACACGUCUUAGUCCUCACACAGCCAUUACAGACCAUCAAGUGCCUGCUGAUCUACCCCAACCCGGAAUCCGCACUGGACGAGGAGGCAGGCAAGCAACUUCUGGCCGACUAUGAGGGAUACUCAAAGUACGCCAGGUUGCUGACGGGCAUCCACGCCACGCCAAAGAUCCCCCCCGCACCCUUCCGCGACUCUGCGCCGGCCUCCCAGUCCGACUUUGUCCUCCCCAACCCCCCUACGGCCUCGGCACCAAGUGCCUCUGCCUCCCCCUACGCGUCGGCAUCAGCCUCGCCCCAGCCUCUAUCCCUCCCGCGCCCGCCCCUCGGUGCGUCGCGGCAGGCCACUUCGCCGGCUCCGCCCAGCCUGGAUGAUGGACCCGUCAAGCCGACUGCGGGUGCACCUACACCGUCUACGGGUGUGAAGAAGGCUCCCACCAAGACUGCCCCGGCUGCCAAGGCUAAGCGUGGCUUGAAGCGUCUUUGA